GUUUCCAUCACGUGCGAGACGGAAAAAAAGUUCACCAUCCUCCGUCUGGGUAAGUUCUAACUGAAUUUUCCAAUGAUAUAAAUGACUUUGCUUUUGCCACGGUUAAGUUUCUAGAUAUAUUUAUAAUUAAUUAGUUACAUUUCCAAAUAUUAAAUUUGGAAUUGAAUUAUUUAAAGUAUCAUUUAACUCAUCUAUUCAGUUUAUUUGUGUCACCAGAUCAAAAUCAGAUCAGUCGGAGAUAAUUUUAGAAGAGCAUUAAACUAAAGAAUGGCCUUAUUUGCAAAAAUCAAAUGCUUCUUAGCAUCAUUUCUUUUAUUUUACACUAUAUACUUGUAUAACUAUAAGUGUGUUGAAUUAAAGGAAACUUCUUUUGAACAUGCUACUGAAACUGUUUUCCAUCCAUUAACUCAUCAUCAUAAUCAAUUAUGUGAAUCAUUGGAAAUUGGAACUAACUUUAUUCAACCAUAUGUUGUUAAAGUUCAAGGAUUUUUAGAUGAACACGUUCAUUCUCAUCCAUUAUUCAAGCAAUAUGAAAUCCAUGAAAAAAUUGUUGCUGGUCAAGAUGCUUUUGGUCAAUAUGUUUACCCAUAUGUUUAUCAAGUUUUCCAAGCUGUUGAUGCUGCUGAAGUUGUUAUCUAUGAUCAAGCUACUGAACACUAUGCUACUCUUAAAGCUUUAUAUGAAGAACACUUUGGUUCUAAAUAAAUAUAAAGUUGACGCUCAUGUGAUUAGUAUAAAUACAUUUCAUCGAGUUUGAAGAAAGCGAAUUAAAUGACAGAUACAAUCAAAGAAUACGUCCAAAAUACAAUUUUUUUUAUCAGGUAAUCUGAUAAGCAAUUGAUGAAUUUUCUUUUUAUAUCAUGCUCUAACGUUGUAAUUACAGUUUUGUUUCUUUUAUUCUACAUUUCAGCUUUGAUCUACUUCAUUUUACGCUUAUGCUUGUAUAGUAUUUAUUAGUUCAUAGUUAAAUUUUUACUCUUUUUCAAUAUACAUUAUACCAAUUAUUAUAUA